AUGGCCAAGCUCCAACGUGAGGAGGUCGGAAAAUCGCCUCUCGUCCAGACCGUGAAAAGGCGAUCCCUCUCCAAGCAGGUGGAGAGUCAAACGGCCCAAUUGUGCGGGGUUAUAGAAAAGAGGUGGGAGCACGAGCUCGGAGAGUUGAUGGAAAUACUCGAACAGUAUGAAGCCAAGGCCAUGGAGUACGAAUAUAAGAUUGAGCAGGUCAGUGGCGAAAUAGCCCAAUCGGACAACUUGAUCAGGCAUUACGAAGAUAAAUUUGUGGCCUUCAGCAACGAAUUAACUAGAAGGCAAUCCCUCAUCAAGGAAAAAGAGGACAGGCUUGAGAAGCUCGACAAUGACUUAUAUAGCCCGGACCAACUGGUCAGGUGGCAGGAGGACAACAUCCGCAACCUUCAGUCUGACUUAUCAGACAAGCGUGAGCAGAUCGAAGAAUGUGAAGAUGGCACUGAGGAGGACCGCCGCGAAUUGGCUGAGCUAAACUCUGAGGUCGAGGAGCUCGAGGAAAUGACCGAGUAUGCCGAAGAACUCCUCGAGGAGUUCGAGAGCGAAGAAUCCAAGAUGGACGAUCGGAUAAGAGAGGAUGAAAAUUGCAUCAAGGAGCUUCGCAGCGGAUUAGAUCAGUUGGAGACCCAGACCGAAGAGUGCAAAGCUGAGCUGUGGUGGUACAGGUACGGAAGGUCGGUGCAGAACGGGCAUAGGAACGGGCUGCAGGAGGAGAAGAUUUUCUUGAAACAGAAAAAGAAGGAGAUUGGUGAUAGAAUCGCCAAUCGCCAGCUCGACAUUGGGGAGCAAAUUCGCGAAGCGUACAAACUCGCGAAGGAAGAAGUAGAGAGGUCGGAAAAUUCAUAA